AUGCAUGCCCCUCGUACUACUCACCUUCAUGCUCUGAAGAGAAUUUUCAGGUACUUACGGGGUACUUCAGAGUAUGGAUUGUUUCUUCACUCCACGGGAUCUCCUACCAUUGUGAUUGCUUACUUAGAUACAGAUUGGGCUGGCUGCCCAGAUGGCCGACGUUCUACUAUAGGUUAUGCUGUAUUUUUAGGGAAAAAUUUAAUUUCCUGGCGCUCCAAAAAGCAACCUACAGUGUCUAAAUCCUCCACUGAAGCUGAAUAUCGAGCAGUUGCUUACACAGCUGCAGAAACUAUUUGGCUUAAGCAACUUCUAGCUGAUCUUGAUUAUUUUCUUCGGCGUCCUGUAACCUUGUACUGUGAUAAUGUCUCUGCAACAUAUCCCACUUCCAAUCCAGUGCAACACGAUCGAAGCAAGCAUAUUGAUGUUGAUUACCAUUUUGUUCGAGAAAUGGUUACUAGUGGUGGUCUUCGUGUUCGUCAUGUUCCGACACAAUUACAGGUUGCAGAUAUUGUUACUAAAGGGCUAUCUAAUGACUUGCUUGGUAAAUAUAGGGUCAAUCUGUCCAUAAUUGCACCCAGUACAGGUUGA